UGUACAUAGUUUUCUGUACACAUCGUAAUUAUGUCCAUGUAACUAUUAUUUCAACUGAGUGGUGACCACUCAUCAGCAGUGAUUAUCGCUAAUCUGUCAAACGUAGGCAGAAAAUAUUUUGCAUCCGUCGGCGCAUGACCGAGCCCAGACCGGGCGAUGGUACGACGAGUGCCUCAGUUGCUCCCCCGCCAUCGACGUUGAUGCGCGCACUUACUAAUAAUUACCCUCUUCAUUACCGACUGCACAUUAAUGACUGAAAAUACGCCCAGAAUAAACAAGUAAACAUCUAAAGCCAUUUCCUCACUUACCAAUCAAUAAUGGCGUAGCAACUGAAAUUUUAUACGAUUUCAAAUUUUCUGAAUCAUUUAUUGUAUUUCCAAAAAGUGACGUUAAUUUGGAUAUAUUCAGUGAUUUCGUAGAGGUGUAUAAAAAAAUAAUUAACAAUGAUACAAGACAGUGAGGCGGCCGCGUUAGCGGAGCGGAUAGCGGCGUUCAAAAGCGAUCCAGAGAAACUGCAACAAGCUACGGAAUUCGUGGAGCUGCUUAUAAAACAAGCAGAGAAGGAAGCUGGACUUAAACAAAAAGAGAAAGACAAAAACAAAUUUGAAGGGCAUGAUACGGGAGUAGGUAACAUAAGGCGUCGUCUAGGACGCGCGCGUGUGUUCGUUGUGCGCGUUUUUGAUGCGCUCUGCCAUUGCACACAGACCGCCGCGGCUGCCGCGCGCACCACCGCAAGGAAUAAUCCCUUCAACAAACGCUAAGCGUAUCAACCGCGCGGCAAACGCUUUCUAUGUAACCCUCUCCUACAACUUCCAAACUUUAAGUCUGAUCUUUUAAAUGUAACCAACUAUAUCAUGUAUC